UCAAUUAUUCUCUUCAAGAUUUCAGUUUAAUGACCCAAGUGGUUAAGAAUUGGGAGAAACAUUAAAACCAAAAUAAAACCCCAAACAAUAAUUUUCUCUCUCCUCUGAUUUUAUACCCCGUACUGUGCAUGCUCAAUUUCCGCAUUUUAUAGUGGGAAUUUUCCCAACCUUAUUCAAUCAAAGUUGUAGAUCUUAAAAAGUUAUUGAACUUAGACCCAAAAAUCACUUGAUUUGGAGUUCGGAGCUGUGAGUUAUGGUCUUUGCAAAUUUGGUGUUGCUACCUCCAUUUCUCUCUCCUCUGUUUUUAUUCCGACAAUCUAUUUCCCCAAUUAUCUACAACAUGCAAUCCAAUUCUGCUCUUUCUUUCUGAAUCAAAGUUGUAGAUUACUUUGAGCUAAUGAAUUUGGGCACAAAAAUCACUUGAUUUGGAGUUCGGAGCUAUGAGUUAUGGUCUUUUUGUAGAUCACUUCGAGCUAAUGAAUUUGAGCACAAAAAUCGCUCAAUUUGGAGUUCGGAGCUAUGAGUUACGCCUUGCACAAGUUCAGCAUUACUGUUGUACUUUGUGUUGCGUUGCUGCCGUGGUUGGCUUGUUUGCCUUGUUGCUGCCAUUAUUUUGGUAUUCCUUUCCAUAUGAAGGUCGUUGUUGGAGUAUGUAUAUGGAGAUAAACUAUGAAGUUCGAGCUAUAGUGGUUAUCCAGAAUGUCGAAUUAUUUGAAAUUGUUUCAAGCUUUGUAUCAACUUUUACCUUUGAAGAUUAUAGAGAUCGUGGAGUUCGUUUUCAUUGUUCCUCAAUCAUUCGGUCUAAAAGAACAUGUACUCCAGUUCCACCUGAUCUUGAGAAAACCCUCCGACAACUCAAGAAGACACAAAAGAAGAAAAAGCAGUCUGCUAAUCAGGGAAAAACCACAGAAGAACCAACCGAAUCAAUCAUGCCCCUCAAGUCAUUGAAGUUUUAUGGGGUACCUUCUCCUGGCAAUGUUCCCACAAGCCCUACUAUGCCUGAUAUACAGGCAGCAUCUUCGAAAUCAAGCCUGAUCUCAUUAAUCUAAAGACCCUGCAAAUCAAUUUACAAUGGUUUCAACAACUCUGUCAUAUCGUUAAUCAUCAAGAGGUCACUCCUGGUCAGUUGAAGGUCAUGGUCUUCGAAUUUUCAUUAAAGGACAAGGCGCAAAAAUGGCUAAAUGAUGUUAAUGAAACUGAGUGGAGUGCUAUAUCUGAAGCAUUCCUGAAAGAGUACUACCCUCCCACCAAGACUGUAGAAAUAAGACAUAAGCUUGCUACCUUUCAUCAAGAACCCGAUGAAACACUGAAGGAAGCAUGGAAUAAGUUCAAGGACCUACAGAGAGAAUGCACACACCACAACCUUGACAAGUGGUUCAUCACGCAAGCAUUCUACAAUGGUCUAGUACCCCAUAUCAAGAGUACAAUUGAUUCAUCUGUAGGGAUUGUCUUCCUAGAUAAGGAGGUGGAUGAAGGGUAUAAUUUUCUGGCCAACUUAGCAGCGAAUGAUCAUAGUUCCUCAAGGACUAUUAUAAAGAAAAAGUUGGAUGCUGAUGCAUAUGCCUUGUUGUCUUCACAAGUAGCCCAGUUGAGCAUGAAGAUGGACCCCCUGAAAUCUUCGCAGUCUAGUACUCCUCCUAUGAGUAUUAAUGCGAUGUCUUCCAUGGCUCCUAUUACUUCUUUAUUUUGUGAAGUGUGUGGUGUUCAAGACCACUUUGGUCAUAAUUAUUGCUACAAUCACCCUGAUCCGAAUUAGAUGUAGCAUGCAAAUGUUUUUCAGCAGAGACCUCCACACAACCCAUACUCUAACACAUACAACCCAGGUUGGAGAGAUCGUCCUAAUUUAUCCUAUAAAAACAAUAAUGUUCAGAACCCUCCACCUAUGUCGCAAACAUCCUACCAACUACCUCAUCAAAAUCCACCACCACAACUGCUAGACAACAAUAUUAUUAAGGGGCUCCUCAGAACCCUCCUCCUGGUUUCAUUAGGCCUUCACACCAAGGCUACCAGCAGCAGGCUUCUCAGAAUGCCAGCUCUCAAGAACCCACUAUGUCCGAUCUAAUGAAAAUGAUGGUUUAUAUGCAGAAAAAUCAUGAGGAGAGCAUUAAGGAGUUGAAGAACACUACCAAACACUUGGAGACUCAACUUGCUCAAGUGGUCGAAAAUAAUGCACAGAGGCAACCACGUUAUCUGCCAGGGCAACCCAUCCCCAAGGAGACUGUCAAUGCCAUUACACUUCGUAGCGGCACUGUUUAUGAUGCUCCUCCCAUGCCCAUUGAUGAUGCCGCUCCUAGCAACGAGAAGGAGGUGGUAGAAGAAGAAGCGGAGAAGAGUUCGAUGUCUGAGGUCGAACUAGCUAAGAAAGAUCAGACUAGAAAGCGGGAGGAAAAGGUUUUUGAAAUACCUAUUUCACCAAGGCUACCUUUUCCCCAUAGGAUGCAAUAGUCAAAGGUCGAGCAACAACUUGAAGGAUCACAAUGCAUCCGUUUGGGACAAUUUUGAGUUAGAAUGAAGCAAAGAGUUAGUGAAAGAAGUGCCAAAACUGACACCUGUUCACUAUUUGGAUCAUAACUUCUAAUAUAAAAUUGAUAAUAAAGAAAUUUUAGUUGGGUUGGAAACUAGACUUCAAGAGCUUUCCAAUAAUAUGUCACACACCCCAAUCCGACUUCUGGUUUGAGAGAUACAACCUUUGCAAGUUGAUGCAAAAUCGCAAUUUUUUCGCACGGUCGACCGGGCGGUUUCACCCGACCGGGCGAAAUGAAAUUUCACCAGGAUGCAAGGCAUGUUAGCCCGGUCAACCAGGCGAGAAAGGAGCCAAAAUCGCUUGCGCGCCCGACCGGGCAGAAUUGUUUCUUUGUCGUAGUUUGACAAUCACCGUCGCCCGACCGGGCAGUUUCUCGGGACGGGUUAAUUUGCCUUUUUUUAGCCCGUUUUGUAAAAAGUAUAAAUAGAUUUUUAGAAUUUUAGAUUAGACUAUCUUAUUUUUCUACGUUUUUAGGGUUAAACACUUAGUUUUUCUCUC